AUGCAGCCGAAGAAGCAGAAAAAAGCGGGGGGAAGGCAGCAGAGAAACAACUCCAAAGACAGCUCGGAUGAGGGAGCAGCAGCAGCAGCAGCAUCUCCCGUCUGUGAGGAAAGUGAGAGCAGCAGCAGUGAAGAGUCAGUGAUCGCGAAGCCGAGACAGAAGUUUGUGCCGCUCUCAUCCAGCAGUAGCGGCAGCAGCAGCAGCAGCAGCAACAGCGACAGCAGCGACACCAGCGACAGCGACAGCAGUGUCAGCAGCAGCAGCAACAGCAGCAGCAGCAGCGAAGCCAGUGAUGCUUCUGACGCGGAAGCAGCAGAAGCGCCCAAGGCGUCUACCUCUCCCCGGACGAAAGCAGCAGCAGCUGCUGCUUCAAGAGUGUCUCCUGCUGCUGCUGCUGCAGCAGCAAAGAAGGGGAAACGCUCUCCUGAGGAUGAAGACAUCGAUAAAUUGUUAGAGGAGAUCGAAGCCCCUACACCGCCCAAAGGAAAAGCUGCAGCAAAAGCAGCAGCAAAACCAGCAGCAAAAGCAGCAGCAAAAGCAGCACCCAAGGCGUCAGCAGCAGCAAAGGGGAAGAAAGGAAAAGCAGCAGCAGCAGCAGCAGACUCUGAUAUCGAUGCCUUGCUGCAGGAAAUAGAGGGCAAGACGCCUCCAGCAGCAGCAGCAACAGGCUCGCCCGCAGCAGCACCAUCACCUGCAGCAGCAGCAGCAUCAGCAGCGUCUCCAGCAGCAGGAGAAAGCCCUGCUGCAGCAGCAGCGGAAGAAGAUGCAGCAGCAGCAGCAGGCCCAGGCCGUUUGAGCCGAGCAGCACAGCGAAGACAGAAAAAGAAGCAGCAGCAGCAACAGCAGCAGCAGCAGUCAUCUUCAUCUAGCGACGAAGCAGCAGCGAAGCCCGUAGGCUGCAGCAGCAGCGAAGAAGGGGCCCUUGUCUGCUGCUGCCCGUGCUGCACAGCAGCGGCUUUUGCUGCUGCAGCAGCAGCAGAAGCAACAACAGGAAGAAGAAGAAAGAAUCCGCAGGGAGGAGGAGGAACUACGAAAAAAGAGGAGGAGGAGCGGCUGAAGCGAGAAGAGAGGGAGUUAAAAGCAAAGAAAAAAGCAGAGAGGAGACAAAAAUUAAAAGAAGAAGGAAAGCUGCUGUCAGCAAAAGAGCAGCAGCGCCUGAAGAAGCAGCAGCAGUAUCUGCAGCAGCUGCAGCAGCAAGGUCUCGUCCCUGCUGCUGCUUUGUCUCCUGCAGCAGCAGGAGGAGCAGCAACGCCUCAAGGAGAAUCUCCUGGUAGCAGCAGCAAAGCAGCAGCAGACAAAGAAAGAAAGAAAAGAGAGAGAGAGAGGCGGCAGCAGCAGCAGCAGCAACGCGAAGCAGCAGCAGAAGCUGCAGAGAAGGAGCGCCUCCUCAAGCUGCAACAAGAGCUCGAGUUGCUGCAGCAGCAGCAAACUUCUACACAGAACAAAUCAGAUGAGCCUGCUGUUGAUGAUUGGGAGUCUCUCCUGGAGGAAGUGGGGCCCAAUCAGACGAGCCCAGCAGCAGCAGCAGCAGCAGCAGCAGCAGCAGGAGAGAAGAAGAGAUCGCAGCAGGUUGGUGAUGUUAGGAGGAGAGCAGCAAUGGAGCAGGCGCUGCAGCAGGUGAAGGAGCAGCAGCGUGCUGCUGCUGCAGGAACAGAAACAGAAGCAGCAGCAAAAACAGCAGACACAUCGGAGACCACGAGUGCUGCUGCAGCGACAACCGAAGCAGCAGCAGCAGCAGGAACCAGCAGCAGCAGCAAGAGCAAACAACAACCGACUUUACGUUCUCCUAUUUGCUGUAUCAUGGGGCAUGUAGACACAGGGAAGACGAAGUUGCUGGACAAGUUGCGGCGAACGAAUGUCCAGUUGGGGGAGGCGGGCGGAAUUACGCAGCAAAUUGGCGCCACCUUCUUCCCCAAAGAAGCGCUCAAGGAGCAGUGCAGCAAGAUAGAUGCAGCAGCAGAUUUGCGUCUGCCAGGUUUAUUAAUCAUUGAUACACCCGGCCACGCCUCCUUCGCUAAUCUAAGAGCACGCGGCUCUUCUUUAUGUGAUAUAGCUAUUCUCGUUGUAGAUAUUAUGCAUGGGAUGGAGCUGCAGACAAAAGAGUCUUUAUCUUUACUGCGUCAGCGGCGCUGUCCGUUUGUUAUUGCGUUAAACAAAGUCGACAGAUUAUACGGCUGGAAGGAGACAGACUGGGGCUCGAACUUCGCUCAGCUGCUGCAGCAGCAAACCGAUGAGACGCGAGGAGAAUUCUAUACACGAUGGGAGGGUGUACAGCUGCAGGGUUUAGAUGAAGCUGUUGCAGGCACAUCUUUAUUAGUUGCUGAAGAAGGAGAGAAUAUAGCUGAGUUAGAGGGAGAAGUAAUGGGCGAGAUGUCUUCAGUAUUUAAGAACGUUGAUAGCUCAGGCAGCGGCGUGUUUGUUGUUGCUUCUACACUCGGAUCGUUAGAAGCUCUUCUUGUUUAUCUUGAGGAAUGUAAAAUACCUGUAUUUGCUGUCAGCAUCGGUACUGUGCAGAAGAAAGAUAUAAAGAGAGCAUCUGUAAUGCGAGAGAAAGGAAAGCCAGAGUACUCAUGCAUAUUAGCUUUCAAUGUGAAGAUAGAUGCAGAAGCAGUAAAAGAAGCAAAGAUACUCGGAGUUAAAAUAUUUGCUGCUGAGAUUAUUUAUCAUCUUUUCGAUGCUUUUACGCAGAAGGAGGUGGAACAGACAGCUGUCUUUCCUUGCGUCUUAUCGGUAUUACCGCAGUAUAUAUUUAAUAAGAAAGAUCCGAUUGUCGUUGGGGUGUCUGUUGAGCAAGGCAUUCUUAAAGUCGGCACGCCUCUCUGUGUACCCGAAAAAGGAGAUCUGCGGAUAGGAACAGUUGCGUCUGUAGAAAUAAACAGAAAAGCUGUAGAUGUUGCGCGAGCAGGCGCUGAAGUUUGUUUAAAAAUUGUAGGGGAGCCCAACAUCAUGGUUGGCAGGCAUUUUGAUCUUAAGAAUAAAAUCGUUAGCAGACUUACUAGGUCUUCUAUCGAUUGUUUAAAAGAACAUUUCAGGGAUGAACUCACAAAGGACGACUGGCGUACUGUUGUGCACAUAAAGAAGCUGCUCGAUAUUCCGUGA